UUAACGGCGUUCGGGCGGCCGCUGCCUUUCCGCUUCCCUCGCGGGCGGCGGCUGCGCGUGAGCGCCGCCUCGCGCCUCCCGCCCUUUCCUGCGGGUUGAGGCCCCGCUCGGCGCUCCGCUGCCCGCCCCGGGCCGGGGAUGCGCGACGCGGCGGGAUGGAGGUGGAGGAGGCGUUCCCGCUGGUGGGGCAGAUGGGACCCUACCAGGUGUAUCUGUGCGUCCUGCUGGCCGUGCUCCUCCAGCUCUAUGUGGCCACUGAAGCCAUCCUCAUUGCAUUGGUGGGGGCAACUCCUCCGUACCACUGGGAUCUGGAAUUGCUCUCUGCUAACCAGAGCCAUAGCAACCAGUCAGCGAGUGAGCAGAGAGCCUUUGGGGAAUGGCUUCUCACUGCCAAUGGCAGUGAAGUUCAUAAGCACGUACACUUCAGCAGCAGCUUCACAUCAAUAGUCUCUGAGUGGUUUUUAAUUGGCAACACAUCAUACAAAGUCAGUGCUGCCAGUUCUUUCUACUUCAGUGGCGUGUUUGUUGGAGCAAUCUCCUUUGGCCAGCUCUCAGAUCGCUUUGGAAGGAAGAAAAUCUAUCUCACAGGUUUUGCCCUUGACAUCUUGUUUGCCAUUGCAAAUGGAUUCUCACCCUCAUAUGAAUUCUUUGCCGUGUCUCGAUUCUUGGUAGGGGUGAUGAAUGGUGGGAUGUCGCUGGUGGCCUUUGUUCUACUGAAUGAGUGUGUGGGUACUGCCUACUGGGCAUUAGCAGGAUCUAUUGGUGGCUUGUUCUUUGCUGUGGGAAUUGCCCAAUAUGCUUUAUUAGGGUACUUCAUUCGCUCCUGGAGAACUCUGGCUGUUGUGGUUAACCUGGAAGGAACAAUAGUCUUUCUUCUCUCUCUAUUUAUUCCAGAGUCCCCCCGCUGGCUAUAUUCACAAGGCAGGCUGAGUGAAGCAGAAGAUGCCCUCUACCUCAUUGCAAAGAAGAACCGCAAGCAGAAGCACACUUUUUCAUUAAAACUCCCUGCUGACAGGAGCCCCAGAGAGGCUGGCAGUUUCUUGGACCUCUUCCGAUACAGGGUUCUCUUGGGACGCACCUUAAUCAUGAUGUUCACCUGGUUUGUGUGCAGCUUGGUUUAUUAUGGUCUUACCCUUAAUGUGGGUGACUUAGGUGGAAACAUUUAUGCCAAUUUAGCCCUAUCAGGGUUGAUAGAAAUUCCAGCAUACCCAAUCUGUAUUUACUUGAUUAACCAAAAAUGGUUUGGUCGAAAGAGAACACUGAGUGCAUUUCUGUUCCUGGGAGGAUUGGCUUGUCUUAUUGUCAUGUUUCUUCCUAAAAAGAAAGAUACUGGAGUUUUUGCAGUGGUGAACAGUCGCUCACUUUCUUUGCUGGGAAAACUGACAAUCAGUGCUGCAUUUAACAUUGUCUACAUCUACACGUCAGAACUUUAUCCCACAGUGAUCAGGAAUGUUGGAAUGGGUGCCUGCUCCAUGUUUUCCCGUGUUGGUGGAAUCAUUGCUCCUUUUGUCCCUUCAUUGAAAUCUGUGCAGUGGUCUCUGCCUUACAUUGUAUUUGGAGCAACUGGUUUAUUGUCUGGGCUCUUAAGCUUAUUGUUGCCUGAAACCUUGAACAGCCCUCUGCUAGAAACUAUUUCAGACCUACAGAUAGUCUCAUACUGGAGACUGGGGGAUGAAGCCAUGUCAUUGCAAACCCUAGAUGGCUCGCAGUCUGGAGACAAAGACAAUUCUGCAGGAAGUGGAAGCGAAGAUGAGGAGUUCUAUGAUGCUAAUGAAGAGACCCAUAUGAUCAAGUAAUGAAAAGAAGAAACACAGACUUGUUCUCUGAUUUUUUUUUUUUUCCCUUACUUGUCCAGUCAGUCCAGCUCUGAGAUGAGAGUACUGGAAACCACCUAUCAGGGAAUGUAAUUGGGCAAGUGCCUGUGUCUUUCCUGAGUAGGAAGGGAGUAUAAAUACUGUUAAGAUUAAUUACACUACUGUUUCUUUUCAUGUGAGACAGCCAUUCAAAUAGUUGUGGGUAGGAAUGAGAGAGAAUGCACAGACUGCAUUUGAAUGAUAGCAAGGGAAGGAUGAUGCAUUUCUGAAACAGAAAAUUAUCAACUAUUUGUGCAGAUCAUCGGUGCAUGCAUUUGUAUUUUCAGGGUGGUUGGUUUUGAGUCAUCCUAAAUGAUGAACUUGAAAAUGUUCGCUUUUUUAUUUCUGUGGAAUGAAAGUGGUCACAUAUUUCGUGUGCUACCCCAGGAGGAACAAACUUAUGAAAUUUUAUGUUAAAAUGGCUUUUACAUAUUGAGUGUGGGAGAGGCAACUAUGAACACAAGGUUUCUCCUGCAGCAUGUGGACACCUUUGUAGAAUUACAGGGUACAGCUGACCAGUUCAUGGCCUAUCCAUGAACUUUGUGAUGAUGAAAAGCUGGGAAGAGUCCAUAACAUCUGUAGAUAUAGAGGAUGUUGCUGAUGAUUUCUCUCUCCUCUGUCCACCAAACAUUCUCUUGGGCUGCCUUAUGCACAGAUUGACACAUUUCCCACAUCUCAGAACUGCUGUUUGUAGCUUUGCCUACUUUUACUUUGUCUUCACUUUUCUAUAACUAUUAAAGCUUAGCGACUUCUCUGCCUGUGCGGUGAAGUAACUCCGUUUAAGGAUGUGAUUUCAUGAGUGGUACACAGGUGAGGUCUUUAUCACAUACUGUGUAAUGUGAAGUGUGUUUUUAGGGUAUUUAGCUCAUUUCUAUGGACCUAUCAUCUGCAUCUUUAUUUGUGGAAGAAAAUUAAUGCUUAAGUGACAAGAGGAGCCAUGGGCUGCUGUUACAUUUUGUAGGAUUAUUGCCAGAAAACUGCUAAUAUCUGUUUAAAAUUCUUUUGUUAGGUGAUGCUCUUAAACUCUUUAAGUCAGUGUUUACUGGAUUACUUGACUUUGUUGAGGAAGACAACUUCAUUCUUUAGUUUACACUACACUUUGUUUAGUUAGAAGGAUACAAAAUCUUGACAUAUGAACAAGUGCAAUGUUGUGACUAAAAAAUAAGGCCUUAGGAAGAUUCAACUUUCAUCCUCUAACCACUUGCUUGCUAUUUAUUAAGAUUGGUUUCCAUGAGUUGUUUGCUAGAUUUUACAUUUGAAGUCACUAACAAAGUGAAAAGAGCUGUCGACCUUCCAAGGCAUUUUUUUUUUUGUGAAUAGUAGAUUUAGAAAAUUGAAUUUAAAAAAAAAAAAGUUAUCAGCUGAAUUUAUUCCAGUUAAACUGGGAAGUUCAUUUACUCUGAAAGAAAGUGAAACUGAACGGUAUCUGGUUUACAGCUAGCUGCUUGACCUCUGUUCAUUGGAACUGUAGCACUGAGGAAAGUGUAACUGCUCUGCUUGGUGCAGCAGGCAGCCCAGAGGCUACAGAUUGAAGCAUGUAGUACUCCUACUUGAUCUGAAUUUGAUUCAGAUGUUGGCUGUGAGCACAGUAGGGAACUUCAAGUCCUGUGGAAAAAGUGUCUUCAGUUUUUCUUCCAGACUGCUGCAUCAUUGUUGUAGCAGGGCAUUUUAAUCCUGGCUGGGUAUUUUUUCUGCCUAUAUUUGGCCCUUAUGCCUGCUUGAAAAUUUCUCUAAAUAAGGUACUUGGAAAAGCAUGGAAUGUUGAGUAUAUUUAUUCAAAGAUAUUUUUAGUUCUGUAUUCACACUCUGAAUUAUGGAUAGUUGGAAAAGUGUCAGGUUUGGUUUUGUUGUUGAUGACUUUUGAAGACAUAAAGCCUGCUUACAUGAAAGCAAACAGUGGUAAGCCUGGCAUUAUUAGCAUGCUGCUAAGAUCCAGCAUAUUUUUUAGCUGCUUAUUUUCCUUUCUUGUAUGGUAUGUAGAGUAAGUUUGCUGAGAGGACAGGAACUGUUAGCCAUUCUUUGUCCAUAGUUUGUGUGUUGUCAUCUGCUACUGGCAACACUAGUCAUGCCACAGGACAGCAUGCCCACAUAGUUCUCAGUAGGAAGAACAGAAUGUAACAGUUCAGGUGGGGAGAUUACUUUGCAGAACCUGAGUUGAAUUCUUGUGGUUCUUUGAUUUUAAUUAGUCUUCAACUUGUUAUCAAACUUCUCCAUUCAUGCACUUUUGUACUGUAUGUAAAGAUGUAAAAAAUUCAAAAACAAGGGUGAAGAAAAUGUAUUUUUUGUUUGAUAAGUUCCUGUGCUUUAUUUUAGAAAUAUAGGAAUAUUUUGUUUCAGCUGAUAGGUGGUAUACUGAUUAUCUUUCUUGCUCUUAGAGCUUCCUCUAAUCAUGCUCUCUGACAUAUAGCUGAAUCUAGGCAUCUGUGCAUGCAAUUUGUGAGCAUGGUGGUAAAUAUGUCUGAAGAGCUCAUGAGCAGCAGUACUGUUAUUUGAUGGUAGAAGCCAGUCUGGCAUGAUAUACGCAACGCCUGUGUCAGAAAUGUCUAUAUGCAGCUGUUUACCAAACAGGACAGUUAUUUAUAGGUGUAUUUUGAGUCUCAUUGCUUGUAUCUUGUUGCAAGAUGUAUUAAGUGAAGGAAAGAAAACUUGUGACAUCUGAGCAUAGAAUUGGAGUGUCAACAAACUUACACAGAAGUUUCCAUGCCAUGUCUUCUUAAUGCCUUGUCCAAUCUAUGUUAACCUUAACCAGAUUAUCCAGGUGCUACAGUUAUUUCAGUCUAACAGAGGUGUGCAGAAUUUUCACCCUGACAGUCUGAAUUUACUGAACUUUCUCAUCUGUAUUUUGGUACUACUAGCUCCUGCCAUCCUGGAAAAAAAGCUCUUGUGUUUCCUAACGGAGAAUAGAUUUUUUUUUUCUGCUCUAAUUUAUUGUAAGUGCCUGUAUUAUGAAAGGCUUUUUAAUUUCCUCAAUCAACUUGAUAUGGGACUGUGUGUAAAGUAACAUCAUAGAACUGGAUGAUGUAAGUGCCAAAGACUGUUUUUGCUGGAAAGCAAUGGUCCAAUACUAGUUCUAGCUGCAUUCAUUUGGAAUUCCUCUAUGCAGCCUGCCAAAACUGGUACAUACAAGCAUCUCCAGAGCUUUAGGGGACAGAAAGUUACCUUUGCUUGUUUUUCCUUUUUCAGUUCACUUAAAUAUUUUGUUGUUGAUGACUUUUGAAGACACAAAGCCUGCUUACUUGAAAGCAAACAGUGGUAAGCCUGGCAUUAUUAGCAUGCUGCCAAGAUCCAGCAUAUUUUUCAGCUGCUUAUUUUCCUUUCUUGUAUGGUACGUAGAGUAAGUUCCCUGAGAGGCUGAAAGGACAUUUUCUGAAAGAACAAAAUGUAGGAUUUGUAGAAGAGCUGAGUAUGCAUCUCUUGUCAAUUAGAAAUCUGCACAGCCUGUUUGCUUCUGAAUUGCAAAUGCCAAAGCUUACUCUCAAAGACUGAUAAAAUCUGGCUAAAAACUGCACAUUAGAAUUGUAGUUCAGUAAUCACCCUUACAAAUUAGCACUGCCAGUAAUGGCUUGCCUCAAGCAUUGUAGGAUACAGCAGAUUUUUAUAAAAGGUGCAGUUUGAGGCAUUGCUAAAUAGUAAUUUCUGUAGUUCAGCUCCCUACUACAACUACAAAGUGCAGUGCUAGUCAGCUCUAUCGUGGCAGCUUUUUUCCCAGCAAAUGGGCAAGUGUCUAAAUGUUUGUGCAGCAGGAGAGGGAUACCAUCAGAAGAGUGCUUUAGAAGUACUGCGUUCUCUACUGCAUGUGCAGAAUGAAGUAAAACUGAUGUGUCAGGAUCUUCUAUUAUAUAGUAAGCUCAUAGAAUGGAGUAUAUUUAAACAACUGCUUGCCCAUCUUCAAUUACAGAAGCCGUUAGAGAAUAAAGAUCUUUUACAUGCAAGUUAAUGCUCACCAGCACAUCUGAGAUGCUUGUAUUAUACCCGCUGCAGCAGGUAGGCAAAAAAAAUGUGGCAGUAAGAACAUCUUUGCCAAUACUUGAACAGUUAUCUUUUUCUGAAAGGUAUUCCAGGAGAAGUAUCUACUACAUCCAUGUUCAAACAAAAUAUUUUACAAUGAUGGAAACUUGACUUGGAAACAGACAUUUCUGAUAGCAGCUUGCAGGGGAAAAAAAAAUCAUUGUUUCAAACUAGUUAAAAGCUUUCUAAUGUAGAACUGACAACUGCUGAGUAGUUUGUAGUAAAAAAGUUUAUUGCAGUUCUGUGAUGUCAGGUAUGACUCCAAAUGACUGUUUUUCAGUACUAGACUCACCUCACUCCCCAAAGUUUAAUCCAGUUUUCCAUCUGUUCUUGUUAAAAAUACGAAGGUCUUGUAGAAACCAGGAAUAUAUUUUUCAUAUGGAGGCAUUUAUUGCACUACUUUCCUUCUUGAAUCUAAUUCUACUUUCAUUUUUUAAGCUACUACCUCCUUAUGUUGAGCUUUUUUGUCA